ACCGACCAUGUAGCUCCCAAAAAAAUCGCAAUGUCUUCCAUACUCUUAUUUAGUGUUAUUUAUAUAGAAAGUAGUUUAAGUGAUUGAAGCCAGUGUUCGGUGCAAACAGAUGUAAAGGAUAAAAUGGGAAAGUGAAUCGAAACGAUUAUAAAUAACCCACCUGGGGGAUGGGGAAGGAUUAUUUAAAAAAUCGAUAUUCGUGCAAAGUGAAAGGCCAACGGGUGGUAUCAAUGCUAUACUUAAAGUAGCAAUCGCGCGCUGCUAAUGAAUUGCAACGCAAAUUGAAUUAAAUAUAUAUGCUGUAACGUAGCAUGCUGUGAUAUCAAAAUGGGAUUCCCCUUGGUUAAUGUUAUUAACAACGAUUCAAGCCCACAACUUAAUUAAAAGCUACGUAAUCGGUUCAAGAGACCAGACGAAGGAACAUUUCGUAAAAAUGUAACAUAAACUAUUGAAGUAUUUGUAACCUGCAUACAAAAUCACUGAAAAGUCUUCCAACCAGUUGCCAUUUAGCUCUGGAUUAGCUUGUAAGGGAAUUAUAUAGUUUUUGUUGUGUCUAAAUUUGAAUAUCGAUUGUCUUCCUAAUAUAAUACGUCACGGUUUUGUGAAAUAUAUACACGUUUACGAGUGUUACUGUUUAUAAAAAGUUCAAAACCAAGUCUUCCAAUAACCGAUUUUCGGUUGAACAGUCAUGAUUUCUUCGAAAGUUUGUUCUCCGAGUGAGGUCACGUCGCAAGGACCAACGCUUCCACCAAAGCCAUCUUCCAACUCAGUCGAACGCAAAGGAAAGCGGCGACGUAAACCGAAAAUCAUGCGGCGUUUUUUUGAGCACGAUGUCCGAGGACUAUGCUCUCCAAAUGAUAUAAAAAUGUAUGAGAAAUAUGAAGCAGCCAAAAACAAAUUCAAGCCAUUAGUGCCGAAAGGAUUGAACGGACAAAAUGCUAAAAGAACUGCAAACAAGAAAAAGCAAUUGAAGCGUUACCAUUCCAAGAAUGGCGGUCAACAGCAAAACAUUUCGAUGUGUUGUUGUCACUGCUCAUGCUCGGCCUCGGCCGGAAACAAUCUCCACAAUCAUGCAGGGAAUCAUAUGCAUGGGUUGAUGAUAAAACCCUCAAAAACGUCAGGGGGAGGAGGAUUCAAUGCGAGCAUGGAGGCAGGAGGGCUGCAGCAUUUUACUAUACCCUUCAAUUCUUAUGCCGGUACCGGCUAUGGAACGCACAUUCCGUAUGAACUGUUGGCAGAAAUUGCGCCAGUUCGUAGUAAGGAAUUACGUAGUGUUGUGAGCGUUCGCGAGACCCAUCAAAUUGCCGAGGCGCAGCAGGAAAAAAAUGCAAAAUUACGGGAAGCCUUCGGAAUAUCUGAGUAUUUCGUCGAAGGCACCAGUUUCGAUCCUGAUCGCAAAGCAAAAGAGGAUCUUGUGAAAAGUGCAGCACUACAACAGGAAUUGCAAGCUCAGAAAGAAGUAGAGAAGGAGAAAAGUCGCAAAUAUGCACUUGUGAGGACUCCAUCUAAGGAGAAGGACGUUGAGAAAACGAAAAAAGAUCCCGGCGAGAAAAAGAAGAAAAAGAGAAAGCAUCGCGAUACGUCCUCGAGUCCAGAACGCAAAAAAGACAAAAAGAAGAAAUCAAAGAAGCAUAAGAAAGAGAGGUCAAAGAAAAAGAAGUCGAAAAAACAUAAAGACAAGGAUUCGGAUUCAGAUUCAUCCGAUGAAAGUGAUUCUGACAAUGAUUCAAGCGAUUCUGAGGAAGAAGUGAAGAAAAAGAAGAAAUCGAAGAAGGAAAAGAAGAAGAAGGAGAAGAAGAGGAAACAUCGUUCGGAUUCGGUACAAUCUCGUACUAGCUCACCAGAUCGCAAAAGAAAACAAUCACCAAGUAAAACAAAAUCAACUGACAACAGCAAGAAAGAUAACACACGAAAUAGGAGUGAAGAGCGUGAGAAAUCGCGUGAUCGCCAUCAAAACAACGAGAGACCACGGAAAUCAUCCAGAAAUGAAUCACCACAUGAACGUAUUCCCGUAAGGAACAAUCCAUUCGAUACUCAAAAUAAUAAGGGAAGCAAAAACCGGGGUAGAUCUCGAUCUCCAAACAAAAGACAUAAACGAAAUUCCCCCGCCCCGCGUUCAUCCAUUAGUCCGAAGCCAUCCCAAAAUGCUCGAUCGCGAUCUGUUUCUCGAAAUAAAUACUCGCAAAGGCGAAAAUCGGUAUCUCCCGAUCACGAAGAGCCGAAACAUUCAGACAGAACAGAUAAAACUAAAAAGAAAGGUUCAGAAAACCCUGAAAGGAAAAAGAAUACACAAAAAUCCCAUACACCUGAGAAAAAACUAGAGCGAAAACGGAAACUUUCACCAUUACCUGCGACUAAAAGUCCACAAAGGUCGCGUUCACGAUCACCUGUUCGCAAGCGGAAGGGAGGUACUCCACCCCGGGAAUCGCGCCGAAAAUCUCCAGACAGAAGGUUGAAUUCUUCCAGAUCACCAUCAGAACGGCAGAAUAAUUUCGGUCGUAGGGGUUCAAGAGAACGACCACAAAGGAAGCGUGAUUUGUCUCGGGAUCAAUCGGUUUCACAAGAUGAAAAAGACGUGAAAAACAAAAGGCAAUUAAAUCGCCGUCCUAAUCAAGGUUCCAAAUCACCAUCAGUUGAACGCAGCCGAAAUCCUCGACGGCGAUCCCCUUCCCGCAAUGAAAGCGUUGAAAAGCGAAGUGAACGACGUUCAAGAGAACGUAAUCGCUCGACCACAAGAUCUCCAUCCCCAAAAAGAGAACGGAUAAAUCCAUUCAGAACUAGAGGAAAUUUCCGUGGUCCUUCUCGUAAUCAGUCGAUUUCUCCGCGCCGAGAUCGUCGAAAUGCUUCACCUUAUUAUGGCAACAAUCGCUUCCGCUACGGCAGAAAUAGGCGAAAUUCAUUCAGUCGAAGUCCAAGUCGAAGUAAUCGUCGCUCACCUCCACCGCGAAGGCGUCGAUCUCCAUAUUCUCGGAGCCGCAGUAUGGAUCGAUUUUCAUCCAAAUAUCAAGAGAAAUCUCCAAGGCGAGAUCUAUCAGGACAACGUGACUCUCGUAGAGCUACCCCUUCAGACAGGGAUUCACGUGAUCGGCGCACAUCAAAUCGUAGAAGCGUAACACCACGAAGGAAUCGAUCACCUGCACGUGAAAGUCGAUUAGAUCGUUCUGAAUCGCGUGAUCGGCACACUUCAAAGUACAGCAACAGAUCAAACAAUGAAAAAAGUCGACCGCCACGGCGAGAAGAUUUUCUGAAGUCACCGCGCAGAGAAUCAAGACGGAGCAGAGAUAGGGCCAGUAGUCAACGAACACAAACACCUCCAAGACGGACUAGUCGCUCGCCACGCAGAGAAGACUUCUUAAAAUCGCCACCAAGGAGAGUUGCUUCACCACUUCCCACUCGAGAAGACAGAACGACCAAGAUGCAAUCAUCCACAACUUCACCUUCGGUAGAAAUAAAUGCGAAAAAGAAAAAAUCUAGAUCCUCAAGCACCAGCUCAGAAUCAUCAGAAUUGAGCUAUUCACCAGCACGUCGAGAUCCAGAACGUUAUCGUGCUCUCCUUGAAGAAGUUAAGAGAGAAGCUAAGGAGAAGAGUGAAGUGAAAUCACCGAAAAAGAAAACUCCUCCAGUCACGUCGUCAUCUAAAAGGAACAGAUCAAAAUCAAAAGAUCGCAAACGGAUACCAAAUCCUCACCCCCAACCCAGUGUCCAUCUACAUAGUCCAAACGAAAGCGACGGAAAUGAAAGUGCGAAUGAAGAGAUCCGUAAUCGUAACGUUGAGAAAUUCAUUGAAGCAAUUGUAAACGAAAAGAAAGAAGAAAAUCAAAAGGAUUUGCAAAAAGAUAUGGAAAUGCUUGAAGCACUGAAAUCAGGAAUUGCAGCGAAAGCUAAAGAGAAAAUCAAAACCAUUGAAAAAAUGGCAACGGAAGUAAGUCCGAAAACUAUGUUAUCACGUACUAACUCCCUCAAUACAUUUAUUGCAACAACGCAAGCAACUAAACUGACUAAUCUCUUGCCGGACAUAAACAAUGGUCUGGGAGCGUUGGUUCCUUAUACCGACAGCCAACCGGCUACAAGUCCAACAUUAGCAUCAAAUACUAAUGAUAACAACCAUCUUAAUAGUAGCAAUUCAUCGACCUCUACUAAUGAUAAUGUUACCCCCAAUAACUCAAAGAAACAUUCAUCUCGUCAUCAGCAAUCAAAUCAUUUACAGAAACCUAAAAUUGUUAUUAAACCUUUCAAGAUCAAUGAUCCACAGCCCGUUGCCCAGACAUCAUCCGUUCUACCUUUGAACGAGAGCAAUUUGGUGGAGACGAUUGUAGCUAAAGUCACGAAUUCUUCGGCGCUGGCGGCAGUAGCUGCAGCUGCGGUUGUUGACAAGAAGUCAUCGCGUAGUAGGAGUCGUUCGAAACGUGGAUCCGAUGAGAAAAGGUCAAGGAGCGGAUCGAGAUCAUCGUACACCUCAUCAAGUAGCAGUAGCUCGGGCAGUUCGCGAUCAAGGAGUCGAUCAUCUGGGUCAAGCAGAUCAUCCCGAAGUAGUCGAUCAAGGAGUUCCUCAACCGCAACAUCUGGUGCACGAUCAAAAUCUCGAUCACGAUCCCGCUCCCGUUCACCAUCGAUUCCUCGGCGACGUGGUUCACCCAGUUUUCUCGAUCGUCGCCGGAUCACCAGCGCACGCAAACGACCGAUUCCAUAUCACCGACCGACACCAUCAUCUGUAUCAAGCGGUGGUUCAAGCUACGGGAGCAGAGGAAGUUCACCGCGAUCUUAUCAUUCGCCAUCCAAAAGCCGAAGUCCGUCGAAUGCUUUUUAAGGACAAAUGUGUUUUCUAAUAAUAAGAAGCAAUGGAUUUUCAAUAAUAACAAGUGCAUGUGUAUCUCCUAUAAUAUUCCUGCAUCGUCAGUUGCAAUAUGAAUACCUAAAACCUUGCUAGUCGAAAUCUCUGAAUCAAAACAAUAUUCUUGUUGAUUAUUUACUAAAAUAUUAGUUUAAAUAGACGCUAAUGAAUGAGUGUUUAUCCUUGAAAGCCACAACAAUCAGAAAAGUAAUUAGAAGUAAGAAUGUUGUGUUGUGAUCACCAAUAACAAUCCUAUCAAUACUCAUUUGAUAUUACUCAUUUCUCAUAAUUUAUUUGCUAUUUAUUUAUUUAACCCAUUAAUUUAUAGACCAAACGAGAUUUGUAUUUAUUGGUGUGUAAUUCAGUAAUUUAUUUAUGAUAUUAUCUAUUAGACUGAAAUUGUAUUAUGGCAAAAUACUCCAUGUAUUUAAAUAAAGUAGAAACCUCAUCAAAA